CCGUCCAAUCAGGGGCCUGAUCAAAUUCUCUGCGAUCGGACGGAUAAUAAUUCAUACUUAAGAUUUGUGUUCACCGCCUUGCCCGUGUUAGAGAAGCGCCGUGUCCGCCGCAAGAGCGUCGGCGAUCGGUGCUGCCGGAGAUGACGCAGAAGGGAAGCCUGUUCAAGGGCCAGCAGAAGAGGAGAACCAUCCCUCCCAAUCGCCAUGGAAAGACUUCUCAAACCCGUAAAGGGAAGAAGUACUUGAAGCCUUCCAAGAUAUCCAAGGAGAUGGAAACUGACCGAGAACUGAGCAAGUUCAUAAACCACUGCAACGAGAUCAAGGCUACAACUGCUGCUAGCAAGGAGGGUGGUCAGCUUAACAUUCUGAAACCCGAAACAAAUGCGUCUACUUCUGCAAAGACGCAGGAAAAAAGCUAGAAAAUGUUGUUUUGUGAUCUGGAUAUCGAUGCCACAAGAUGAUCGAAGAUGCUUUGAUUGCCUUGUUUUAGUUUUUUUUGUUUGCCUAUAACUUGAAAUUUCAGAUGAGCAGUGGCUUACAAUGUUUGAAUGUUUUUUCUCACUAUCAGAUAAAAUGUUUUGGGCUACAGAUUGCAGUAGCAGCAUAUUCAUGACACAAAAGUGUUGUAAAAUUAUAGGGGAUUAUUCAUCUUUA